AUGGAGCCAACAGCAGAGGAUAGACACAACAAUCCACACUCGGCUCACGAGCUCGAGAGGUUUCACACGCCAAAAGAAGAGUUCCAGACUCGACCACAUCAUGACUACCAACGAGAUGAAUCGAACCCCCUCUGCAGGUCAAACUCAUCGCCAACGCCAGGCUCACCACAACAAUCCGACAAGGCAUUACACCAUCGACGACCAAGCAGGGCAGUUGCACUAGAGAAGCUUCGAAAUCGCCCGAAAAAGCUACGCAAGGCUCUGAUUGCAAACAUCUUGAGAUGGUUUGCUUCAGUGCUGUUUGUCGUUGCCAUUUACGUGAUAUUAUGGUACUGCUCAAAGCUAGAUAUCAUGUCAACAACGACAAAACGAGAAUUCAAUGCUCUCAUUAUCGGACUCUCCCUCGGCCUUGGAAUGAGCAUAACGAUAUCUCUCGAGGCAAUGGCUGUGGAGAUUAGAUAUUGGAUCAUCAGUCUUCGAGAUUGGCCAGAUCGAGAGAUUGCUCUAGCUAUGCUCGGUCUCGUCUACUCUACAAACACAGCUGACUCGGCUGCAAUUCUACACCCUGGCAAUGUCACAGUACCAGACAUGUCCAACAUCGUCACGAACAGAGUCCUCGCAAACAAGUCGCAAAACAACUCACAAGCGCUCGGUGCCUUACGAUACACUGCAAACAGUUAUGGCACUAUCGCCCUUGGAGCCAACUGGGGAGGCAUGGACGAUAUCCCUAAACCUGGAACACUCUGGGACAACAACGAUCCUUUGGCAUACUGCGGCGGAAAUUCUUGCACAUACGUCUUCCAGGAAUCCACGUCACGACCCAAGAACUACGAUCUCGUGGUGAGCACCAACCGAAGCGUUGAAGCCACGGGGAAUUGCCGCAGCUGGAAAGUCGCAAAGGGAGGUGACGGAAACGAAAUCACCAUCACAAUCGACGACGGCAAGAAAACACAAGUCAACAUAACAGCCAUAAACGGCGCCAACCAAACAACAUUCAUGUUCAACGCCGCGGCACCCCAAGGCCAAACAUGGAGCGAAGUCGCAGCCUUUGAAGCCUCAAGCUCCCAAGCAUGGUUCUACCGCUGCAACGUCAGUAUCGGACCUGUCGCCAACGCCAUGCGCAAGGAGCACUACAUCGGAACCAACAUCACAUCUCUCGCCACUUCAGCUAUAGCGCUCCAAGGAUACGGAGCUUCUUCGCUGGGUCCCACGGAUAGCGAUCGACAGUUCCAGAGCUAUCCUGCCGAGUCGUCGUAUGGGCAGCCCAUGAAUGGGAGCACAGAAGACAUGGGACAGGUGAUGUCGACUUUUGCGAUCGGUGUAAUAGCUGUUACGGCCCAGUCUGCUGCUGGCAUAAUAGUCCCGGGGAUGCAGCCUCAGAAUGGUGUUGUGUUGCAGAUUACAAAGUGGAUGUAUGUCCAUCUCAUCUUAGGCUUGAGUUUGGGUGUGCAGUUGUUAUUGGGCGUUGGUAUUGCGAUACUGUCCAACUUACCUUCGAGGUAG